AUGGACGUCGAUGAUGAGGAGCAUCAAAAGGGCGACGAGGACAACGAUGAUGCUGGUGAUGAGGAGGACGGCGGCGGCAGCGGCGGCGGGGACGAUGACGGCGGCGGGGACGAUGACGGCGGCGAGGACGACGACGGCCAUGACAGCUCCAGACAGAACGACAGAGAGAGCGAAGAGAAUGACGAAGAGAACGAUCACGAUCAGGGCGGGGCUGCGAGUGACGAGUCGAGGGUGCCCGCACCAGCCUUCGCUGAAGUGGCCAUCUCCUGGAAUACAGGGCAGGAAGCCUGCUGCGCCUUGAUUGAGGCGUCACAGAGCGAAUGCUUUGACGCCACCAAACUACCGAAGUCGUUUUCAACGCUGGGAACGCGGGUCAAGGCGCAUUUGCGCAUGUGCGUCAUACGGCGCCAUGUCGUCCCGGGGAAAGCGUCCAAGACGACGAUUGCCAAGACCGGUUCGAAGGCGAAUCGCACCACAACAUCGGCGUACACCUUAAGCUCGAAGGAACAGAUCGAGCUUCGAAUUCUGGGAAACCCGCCCUACUCGGGAGCCUGCGCACCGGCCUCAGCGACUUCGCAGAAGUGCGGACGAACCUAUGGGAGCGGAGGGCGACGUCUGGCGCGAAAGCGUGGUGGCAGGUCGCGCGGCCUACCCUAUGGAGACAACAAACGGUGA